UAGCGGGGCGGCCGGACGCUCUGCUGGAGUCGGCCAUUUUGUAGCUGCCCUUUUCUGCCAUGGCGGAGAUGGAUGACGGAGACGAGCCGGUUUUGGUGCACUCGAUCAGCGGCUCCUCCGGGUCCGGCUCUGGGUCCAGCUCCAGAUCAGCUGGGGACAAGAUGUUCUCUCUAAAGAAGUGGAAUGCGGUGGCCAUGUGGAGUUGGGACGUGGAGUGCGAUACCUGCGCCAUCUGCCGGGUCCAGGUCAUGGAUGCGUGUCUGAGGUGCCAGGCAGAAAAUAAACAAGAGGACUGUGUUGUUGUGUGGGGAGAGUGCAACCACUCUUUCCAUAACUGCUGCAUGUCUCUCUGGGUGAAGCAGAACAAUCGAUGCCCGCUAUGCCAGCAGGACUGGGUUGUCCAAAGGAUUGGCAAGUGAGGACCACGAUACCAACCCCCACCCCCCUCCUGCUGGGUUCUCCGUCCACUCUGGGCCCUGCCUGGCUUUAUGACGCAGGACUGAGAACACUACUUAGCUGCCCAGUGUGACACCAGUGUGCAUGUUUGUGACUGUCGAGCAGAACCCAUGAACUUUACCAGAUCUCCAGAUGACACUGGUACCUGCCCCUUCCAUUUCCCUGCCUCCCAGUAAAAGGCACAAGACUGAAGGGCACUGUGGAGCGAAACUACGGUGUCUCUGACGGGACGGGAGUAUGGAUGAAUAUGUGCUGUGAAUGUGUGUUUUAAUAUAUGUUAGAAUAAAAAUGUAAGCAUUAAAACUUAAAGCCUA